UUAUAAUUACAGCGGGUGCCAAACAUGUGCGCGUAGUCCUGGCGAGCACGCCCCACCGACUAACACAGGCUCAUGUUAAACUGCCAGGCAGAUAGAGCAGCAGCGACAGAAAGGUACUAACAAUGUCAGCUGACAAUGCUGCUGGCCAGAGACGCACGGACGGCAGCGCCGCAGCCAUUGGCCAACCCGGCGCUCGCCUCAGUGGUACCGCUAGGCUAAGCGCUUUGGUCGGAGAGCUCCAGGCGCAGCCAGGUGCUGUCGCGGGGUCACUCACCGCCAUGUUGGAGCAGGGGUGGCAGCUGCAGGAGGAGGCCAUGGCGCAGGACGCCGCAGCGCAGCGGGCAGCCCUGGAGGCACGUUCGCAAGAGCUGCAGCUGCAGCGCGAGCAGUUGGAGCUUGAGGCCGUUCGCUUGGACCUCGAGCGGCGGACUGUGGAGCUGGCCGCUUCUGAGCGCUCGUUAGCGGCACGGCAGCGCGUGCUGCAGCAGCGGCGGGCCGAGCAGGAGGUGCAGCAAGCGGAGCAGCGGGCGCAGCUGGACCAGCGGGCGGAGGAGCUGUCUGCGGCGAUAGAGGCCGCCGCUGCAGCCGAGGCUGUAGUAGCCGCCGGCAAGCCGGCGGGAGAUGUGCCAAGCCCUGCCGCGCGCGUGUGGGUACCGGACCUCAUUCGCAGCAUUGCCGCACACCUGGGCCCCAACGAGGUCUUGCUGACGCUGCAGCGUGUGAACCGGUGUGCCGCCGAAGCGCUACAGCAGCAGUGCACGGCAGGCACGGCGUCGCAUGCGCAGAGCCCACCAAACACCUCGGAUGAUUCGAGCCUUGUCGCCGGCGGCGCACACAGCCGCAGCUCCUGGGUGCCGCCCGCCCGCCGCAUCCGCAUGAGCCAGCCCGUGCCGCCCUACGCAUUCGCGCGACAGUGGGGCAAGCCCACGGCUGCGGCGUCUGCGACAGCUGCAGGAGCAGCGGGUGGCCGCGGCAACAGCGGCGGCGGCAGCCAACGCGGCACAGCGAUGCGGCGGCUGCCUCGGGAGCAGCGGGAGCGGCUGUUGGCGUGCACCAUCAAGAGCGGUGUGGUGGAGAACGUGGCGCUGCUGCUGGACGACUGGCCCGACUGCUUCAGUCUGGGUCGGCACCACAUGACGCUGGCCACUGUCGCAGGCCAUGUUGACAUGCUGGAGCUGCUGCACUCACGGGGCUGCCCCAUGGCCAACAACGGCAUUGACCUGGCGGCGGAGGCGGGUCGGCGCGAGGCCGUGGUGUGGCUGCUGGACAAUGGCUACCGGCCCGACAGCGGCGUCAUUGAUCCCGGCUAUGGAGACGAGCCGCAGGCGACGCCAGAGGAGGGCGCGGCGCGUGGCGGUCACGAGGCAUUCAUGCAGGAGCUGCUGGCGCGGCGCAGCGGCCCGGCCGCGAGCGGCUGGCCGCUGGCCUCACGCGGGCUGCUGCUGGGCUGGCUGGCGAUCCACGCGGCGCGGUAUCAUCCCCUGGCAGAGCUGCAGCGACACUGGUCGGACUUGCUCGGCCACAUGGGCGGGCGGCACUUCGCUGCGGUGGCGGCUCGUGGCGACGGCCGCAGCGAGAACGGGCACUACGAUGAGCCAUUAAAGCUGCCCGAGUAUUUCUUGUUCAAGGCCCUGGACGCGGCGGCUUGCAGCGUAACGGAGGACUGGCAGGCAAAGGUGCGCUGGCUCACGCGGGACAAGGGCCACUGGCCGACGCAGGUGAAGCGCGAUGGCGGAUGGACCGUGGCGCCGCGGGAGCGCUGGGAGUGGCUGCUGCAGCAAGGCGGCUACGACCUGGGGUUGCAGUACGCGCUCAAGGCGGUCGCGCAGGGCUGGGUCCCGGAGCUGCGACUGCUGGUCCAGGGCAGCAGCCAGCCGCCGGCGCCAGGCCGCGCAUCUGCAAAGCCGCCCAGGACCCUGCACCGCUUCAGCGACGAGGACAAGACUGCGAUCUGUGUGGCUGCAGCGGAGGCGGGGCGGGUGGCGUGCCUCGAGUACAUCCGCGGGCUGGAGUGCUGGCUCGGGUGCUCGGGACCCGACAUUAAGCGCAGGGGGGCGGUUCUUGAUGCGGCCGCGCGCUCCGGCUCACCGGCGUUCCUGGAGUGGGUGUUUGAGGUGCUGCUAGGUGGGCUGGAGUCGACCCUCAGCAACUGCGUGCCUGCGGAGGCCGCCCGGAGUGGCGCGCCGGGCAGCAUCGCCGUGCUGAGCUGGCUGCUGCGGCGCGGAUACCAGUGGAACAUGCACGCCUUCUCCGCUGCGGUUGGGACGCGCAACAUUCAGCUGCUAGAGUGGAUGUGGGAGCGGCGCUGUCCGGUGGAGGGCGGUGGCGCAUACAUCUGGGCGGUGAGGGCCGCCUGCGCCAUCGACCCGGGCGAUGAGGUCCCGCGGAGGUUCCACAGCUACCAUAGCGUGUUCUUCAUCAACCCGUACACAGCCGUCAGGGCCGUGUCCGGCGAGGGGGUCGGCGUCAGCAUCAGCAGCGGCGGCGGAGGCGGAGGCGGUGCAGCGGACGGAAGGCCGGUCAGUCGGGUGGAGCUGCUGGAGUGGCUGCACGCACGCGGCCUGAGGCCGACGGACGCUGAGGCCUUCGUCGCGGCGGCGGCGGUGGGCGACCAGACCGUGUUGGAGUGGUGGGCAGCGAAGGGCUUGCCAAUGGGGGACCCCGGCCGGGCCUACUGGGAGACUGGCGGUGACCUCGCCACACUGCGCACGCUGCACGCUUGCGGCGCCCCGCUGGCUCCCGACACCUUCCUGGGCGCUAUCGUGCAUCCGGGUGACUACUUCCCGCCUGGACAUGAGGCGAUAGAUGACUACGGCGAGGUCGUGGAUGGGCACAUCAGCUACGAUGACGGGCCGCGCACGUGGGGGCUGGCGGCGGUGCGCAUGCUGGCUGAGGAGGCGGGGGCGGCUGUGGAUGAGGAGCAGGCGGCGCUGCGGGCUGCGUACAGGCGUAAGUGGUUUGGCGAGACUGGACGCGAUGAGGUGGCGGCGUACGUGGAGGGGCUGCUUGCGGCGCGGCGGAUGGCGCGUAGGUAGGCGGCAGGCGUAGGUGGUAUGGAUGCGGCGUAAGAGCCCCCUCACCCCGGUUAGUGCACGUGCUGGAGUGCUGUGCCGCAUUGCUGUGCCGCAGUAGGGUGGUAUGGAUGCAGCGGAUCUCUACAUUACUUUCGCUGAAAAUGAUGGAGUGUUUGGUGAAGUUACAAAUGCGGUGCCUUCAAGAUCUCUGGCCGAAAUACCUGCAGCGCUGCGCUGUGGUGGACUGGUGGGCAGCGUGGGCUUGUUGCAAAAGUUGUGAUGCGCCGUGCGCGGCGACUAGGCGAGCCGCGAGCGUUAGCCGGGGUGCGGCGGGUUGGUGUCCAGAUGGGGCUGGCAGAGACUUGUGUAGGCGUGUGAAUGGGAUAGUGUCAAGGCAGGUUGGUAAAGUCCCGUAGGGUGCAGCUGAUUCCCAGAACCCAGCAGAUGACAAACAAUACUGGCGCGCCUCACCGCGACAGCGCGACUUAAGAUUGUCGACUAGUUGUACUGAUGAUAUGCGUGCUGACUCUGAUCUGCGGGUAC